CCUCUUGACUUCGCUGACUCGACUCAAUAUAAAAGGCCUCCAUGGUUCUUCCGGAGUCUCCCAGUCCAUCAGAUUUUCUCUUAUAUUCUGUAAUAUUCUUCUUUUCUUUGCUUCGAAAUUCAUCUGCAACUUUGUCCGAUACUUCUUGCAUCCAUCAUGAAGAAAGUGAUCUUGUCAGUGCAAGUGUUUGAUGAAAAAGCUAAGCAAAAGGCCUUGAUGGCAGUUUCUGGUCUUCAAGGUGUUGAUUCAAUCUCCAUGGACAUGAAGGACAAGAAAUUGACGGUGAUCGGGGAUAUCGAUCCGGUUUGUAUAGUAAGCAAGCUGAGGAAGCACUACCCCACAGAGAUACUUUCUGUUGGGCCAGCAAAAGAGCCCGAGAAGAAGAAGGAAGAACCGAAGAAAGAAGAGCCUAAGAAAGAUGAGAAAAAGAAGGACGAUGUGGCAGAGCUUGUGAAGCUCUACCAAACCUAUAAUCCUUACAUGACCCAACAAUAUUAUGUGAGAAGCGUAGAGGAGGAUCCUAACGGUUGUGUAAUUUGUUAAUUCUCGGAUCUCAUAAGAAUUAUAUUAAACAUUUAGAAAACGAAAAAAAUAAAGAAGAAGAAGAAGAAGUCGGUCUCAGUGAAUUUAUGUCCGAAAGGAGGUUGAUGUUCAAGAAAUAGGGAGGGGUCUAAUGUACAGUAGACCAUGGUGAGUUGUUUGAAGUUUUGUUGGUGUUGCUUGGAAACUUUACAUAUUUUAGUACUCUCGAGUUUGUACAUGUUUUGCAUCAAUGGAAGAUUAUUGAAGUACUAUUGUAGUCGA